CCUACCUGCAAUCCCGCCACGUCAGCCCGACCGCGUUGGCGACUGCCUCAGUCUGGACGCGCGCCAUGCUCGGCCAAGAGCCCACGGACAUCUCAGCCCUCUACUUCCUGAACUACUGCCGCUCCGGCGGCGGCCUGAUCCAGAUGCGGUCCGACCGGCGCCACGGGGCGCAGUACCUGCGCGUCCGCGAGGGCACGCAGAGCUUUUCGAAGGCCAUGGCCGCCGACCUCCCAGCGAACACAAUCCACUUCGGCGAGCGCGUGGACGCCAUCCUCCAAAGCGCCCCUGGAGCCGGAUCUAGCGGGUCAGUGGUCCUCUCUCGAACGGGCCGCGCCAUCCGCGCCAAGAAAGUGAUCUGCUCCGCCCCAACCCCAGUCCUCAAGACCAUCCAAUUCACCCCGCCACUUCCGCCCAAAAAGCAGCUGCUGGUCGACUCGUUCCGCUACGGCUACUACACCAAGGUGAUGCUGGUAUUCCGCUCGGCGUGGUGGGUCGAGCGCGGCUAUUGUGGGUUGGUGCAGUCGUUCAAGGGGCCCGCGUCCAUCUACCGGGACACCAGCAGCCCCCGCGAUGGCAAGUACGUGCUCACGGCGUUCCUGGCGGGCGAGAGUGGGCGCCAGUGGGCGCGGGAGCAAGACCCCCGAAAGCGGGAGCAGGCGCUGCUGCGCCAGUUGGGCCUGAUCUAUGAUGAGCCUGAUCUCCCUGCCAACGAGUUUCUGGAAGCGCGAGGCCAUGAGUGGAGCGGCGAGGAGUUGUCGGGCUGGGGCUGUCCGUGUCCGGCGCUGCCGCCGGGGGUGUUGACGCUGGCGGGCGACGCGUUGCGGGAGCCGGUCGGGAAUGUGCAUUUCGUGGGGACGGAGACGGCGGCGGAGUGGAAGGGGUAUAUGGAGGGGGCGGUGCGCAGUGGGCGACGGGGCGCAAGGGAGGUGGUGCAGGGGUUGAAUCGGAGUCGAUUGUGAUGGGAGAUGGUGGAUUGAGAUGGUAUUAGAGAGUUGAA